GCUCCAUUUUGCCAUCCACAAAUGGGUUGGUGGCAAUAUCAAACCUUUUCAUUCUAUUUUUCUUUUUUCCUCCUACAGCAAUGGCAUUUGGCUCAUUUCCUUCAUGUUGGCGUUCCUGCAAUGGCAGCAAAGGAAGUGCUGAUGAAACUUAGGAAGAAAACUGGCUAUUCCUUUGUGAAUUGCAAGAAAGCUCUGGAGAAAUAUGAUGAUAACAUUGAAGAAGCUGAAAUCUGGCUGCAUGAACAAGCCCAGAAGGAGGGAUGGAGCAAAGCAUCGAAACUUCAGGGGCGGAAAACAAAAGAAGGGCUAAUAGGGCUGCUUCAGGAGGGCAACUCAGCAGUCAUGGUAGAGGUGAACUGUGAGACAGAUUUUGUGGCCCAAAAUGUUAAAUUUCAGCAGCUGGUUCAGCAAGUAGCAAUUGGAACAAUGAUGCACCAUAAGGAAACCAUGGACCAGUCAAACACAUAUGCUAAGCAUUUCUUAAAUUCUGAUGAGCUUUCUCAACUCAGGAUGGGACCAGAGAGAUCAUUGCUCAUUGACCAACUUGCUCUGGCGAUAGGCAAGCUAGGCGAGAACAUGGUUGUUAAAAGGGCAGCAUGCGUAUCAGUGCCUGAGAACUUCUUCAUCGGCUCUUACGUACAUGGGUCACUCUCAGAGAGAAGCCCGUUGCUUUCUAACCUGUUACUUGGCAAAUAUGGUGCCGUGGUGAUCUGCAGUUCCUCGGAGCAAGACCAAAAGUCAGAUGUUACAGAACUGGGCUGGAGGCUGGCCCAACACGUGGUGGGUAUGGCCCCUCUCUCUGUAGGCUCUCUGGAAGAUGAACCUGGAGAUGAAUCUGAAACGAAGAUGCUUGCCCAGCCAUACGUUAUGCAGCCAACUAUUUCCUUGGGACAAUACCUUCAGCCUACUGGUGUAUCUGUGUUGGAUUUUGUAC